UCCAAGGUAAACCCUUCGUCGUGGAACUCUCUAGAACCUCGUCAACUCUCCCCUUCAACCCCAACAGCACUAUUCAUUCAGUAAGAAUACUCACUCCCUUAAGACCCCUCGUCUUCGUUUUCCUCGCUCUUUAUUCAGUAACUGUACUCACUUCCCUCUUGUCAAAAUUCAUUCUCCGAAGAAAAGGAAGCGAAAUGGAAGAAGACUUCGACAUGCCCCAAGCUGAGGAGAUGAACGAAGACUUUGAUCUCCCCGACGAGGACCCAAUCCUAAAGGUGGGCGAGGAGAAGGAGAUCGGAAACCAAGGCCUCAAGAAGAAGCUCCUCAAGGAAGGUCAAGGCUGGGAUACCCCCGAAGUUGGUGAUGAAGUCGAAGUUCACUACACGGGGACUCUGCUUGAUGGAACGAAGUUCGAUUCGAGCCGCGAUAGGGAUAGCACUUUCAAGUUCACUCUCGGACAAGGGCAAGUAAUUAAAGGAUGGGAUGAAGGCAUUAAAACCAUGAAAAAGGGGGAAAAUGCUCUUUUCACCAUCCCUCCUGCGCUAGCCUAUGGUGCAUCUGGCUCACCUCCAACUAUUCCUCCGAAUGCAACACUCCAGUUUGAUGUCGAGCUUUUGUCUUGGACUAGUGUAAAGGACAUAUGUAAGGAUGGUGGUAUAUUUAAGAAAAUACUUAAGGAGGGGGAAGGAUGGGAAAACCCCAAGGAUCCUGAUGAAGUAUUAGUUAAGUAUGAGGUUCUUCUGGAAGAUGGAAAGGCUGUGGCUAAGUCUGAUGGAGUGGAGUUCAGUGUCAGAGAGGGUCACUAUUGUCCUGCAUUGUCAAAGGCUGUUAAAACCAUGAAGAAGGGAGAGAAAGUUAUUUUGACAGUGAAGCCACAAUAUGGAUUUGGUGAGAAAGGGAAGCCAGCAGAUGGUGAUGAAGGAGCAGUUCAACCAAAUGCAACAUUGCAGAUUACUCUCGAGUUAGUCUCUUGGAAGACUGUGUCUGAGGUAACUGAUGACAAGAAAGUGGUGAAGAAGAUACUCAGUGAAGGGCAAGGAUAUGAGCGGCCAAAUGAGGGGGCUGUUGUGAAAGUGAAACUGACUGGUAAGCUGAAAGAUGGCACUGUCUUUGUGACAAAGGGCCAUGAAGAGGAGCUGUUUCAAUUUAGAACAGACGAAGAGCAAGUCAUUGAUGGGCUUGAUAGAGGUGUAAUGUCCAUGAAGAAAGGUGAAGUGGCAUUACUGACUAUUGCACCUGAGUAUGCUUUCGGUUCGGCAGAAUCCCAGCAAGAGUUGGCUGUUGUUCCUCCUAACUCAACUGUGUAUUAUGAGGUGGAGCUAGUUUCGUUCGAGAAGGAGAAGGAGUCCUGGGAUCUGAACACUCAAGAGAAAAUUGAAGCUGCUGGUAAGAAGAAAGAAGAAGGAAAUGUAUUAUUUAAAGCUGGUAAAUAUGUAAGAGCUUCCAAAAGAUAUGAUAAGGCAGUAAAGUUUAUAGAAUAUGAUUCCUCCUUCAGCGCUGAUGAGAAAAAACAGGCCAAGACCUUGAAGGUUGCCUGCAAUCUGAACAAUGCUGCUUGCAAGUUGAAGUUAAAAGAAUAUAAAGAAGCAGAGAAAUUGUGUACAAAGGUCCUGGAGCUUGAGAGUACCAACGUGAAAGCUCUUUACAGAAGGGCCCAGGCAUAUAUGCAGUUGGCUGAUUUGGAUUUGGCUGAAUUUGACAUUAAGAAAGCUCUUGAUAUUGAUCCUGACAAUAGGGAGGUAAAGCUGGAGUACAAGACUUUGAAGGAGAAGGUUAAGGAGUAUAACAAAAAGGAGCAGAAGUUUUAUGGAAACAUAUUCAACAAGUUGACAAAGGCUGGUUCUUGAUUUCAAUUGAGUUGAGUUUAUAUACUCGUGUUAUUGCAGAAACCAACUACUCCACGGUACCAACCAUGUGUUAUUGACAGCAACAUGUGUAUUUGUAACGAAUUAUAUAUUUGAAACUGAAGUUGAGGGCCGGCUUUCUCGGGUUUGAUCUUUCGGUGUAUUGAUUGUGGACUUGAACGUGACUAUGAUGAGGGACACAUUCAUUUCAUAAUUGAUAUUUGAAUUUGAAUUUGUAAUUUGACUUAAAACAAA